AUGGAUCGGGAGCACACCGUUGUCGCCUUGCUGUCACGAAAUGAACAACUCGUGCAGGAAAAUGAUGUGUUGAAGUCGGUGCUAGAUGUAGUCAAGGAAAACAGAGACCUGAGAGUGAAGAUGCAACGGCCCGACAACAGCGCUCGUGAGGAAUUAGCAGGAAAACGUCCAUUCAGUCUGUGGCACGACACCCUCACCGAGAGACAAUUCAAAAAAGACUUGCAACAAACCACGGUCAGACACAAACAGCGGACCUCAUCACCUGUCGACUUCAAGUCUUUCAUCCAAAACUCAGUGCACAUAGAUGAGGGUGCAGAGUCUCAAAGUUGCCAGGCGGACCCAGCUCAUGAGGUCAAAGGUCCAGAUAGGCUGCUGGGAGAGAUUGCCUUCCAGCUGGACAGAAGGAUCCUGUUCUAUAUUUUCCAGGGCCAGAGGAGACUGUACGGCUUCACACUGCUCAACAUCCCGUCUAAGAUCAUAGAGGUGAGCACCCAUCCACUGACAGGGAAGGUAGAUGAAGGCUAUCGGCUUCAUCUCACUCAGAGGCAUGUUGACCUCAUGGAGAGGUUGAACCAGCUCGGGUACAAACCGACACUUCAUCCUCCUUUCAUUGAGUUGAUUGUCAACACCUACGGGAUCCUGAAUGAGAGGCCUUUCCAGUACAGCACCCAGGCAACCAACUACAAUAAUCCAGACUUUUUGAGGACGCUGAUAGAGACCACAGCGCCGACAAAACUUCAGAAGGACCUGCUGCUUGUGCUCGACUGCCUCUGCAACAUGGCCAAGAUGGAUGGAAAGCCUCUCCUUCUCUGGUAGACACGAGCGUAUCCAAGGACCAGUGAUGCUUAAGCUGCCCACAAACUGGAAAUAAAGAGCGAUGAA